GGGGCAAAGCGUUCUUUUCUUGCAGCCGCCACCCAUCACAGCCGUCGAUCGUUGUCCGAGUUCCCCUUCCAAGUUCCCUUGCUCCUUCGCAUUCGCUCCUCGAACAGGUUCCGCCGAUUCGUGCCCGUCUUUGUAUCCUCAAUCUCGUGUCCUGUCUCCGUGAACUCCGUCUCAGGAGCUUCCGACAAUAAUUCGCUGCAAAUUGCAGACCAAUCCCACUUUCCAAUUUUGCUUGAUUGCAGUGUCCAGAAACCAUGAGCUCCACGCGCCUUUCCCUCAACCAAUCGAUUCUCCAAUCCUCCAAUCUCCGCCUGCGAUGUGACCCCAUUUGGGAACGAUCAUCAUCGCUCGUCAAGCUCACCCGUGGCACAGGAAUCACGGCAUGCCUGAAUCUAGAGGUCAAAGAGCCUCGAGCGCCUCGGAACUCAGGGUUUGAUGACAAGAGCAAGGAGGUGAUGCAGGCAGAAGGUAAAGUCCUCGUGGGCACGUACGCGAGAGCUCCCGUCGUGCUCGCCAGUGGCAGGGGUUGUAAACUGUACGACGUCGAGGGGCGAGAGUACUUGGACUUGAGCUCUGGGAUCGCGGUGAAUGCGCUCGGGCACGGGGACCCCGAUUGGGUGAAUGCCGUGGUAGAGCAGGCCAACACCCUGACUCAUGUCAGCAACGUGUAUUACUCUGUCCCUCAGGUAGAGCUUGCUAAGCGUCUUGUGGCCAGUUCUUUCGCUGACCGCGUGUUUUUCACAAAUUCUGGGACGGAAGCAAAUGAAGCAGCCAUAAAAUUUGCAAGGAAGUUUCAGAGACACACACACCCGGAUGCAAAAGAGCCAGCCACCGAGUUCAUUUCGUUUACCAACAGUUUCCAUGGAAGGACAAUGGGUGCUCUCGCUUUGACAAGCAAAGAGCAUUACCGAACACCUUUCCAACCUGUCAUGCCAGGAGUCAUUUUUGUGGAGUAUGGAAACAUAGAGGCCACAAAAGAGAAAAUUAAGCGUGGGAAGACUGCAGCUGUCUUUGUGGAACCAAUCCAGGGUGAAGGGGGCAUAUACAGUGCGACAAGGGACUUCUUGCAAUAUCUGCGAAGUGCUUGUGAUGAUGCUGGCGCUCUUUUGGUUUUUGAUGAGAUUCAAUGUGGUUUGGGUCGCAGUGGUUCCCUCUGGGCCCACGAAGCCUAUGGUGUUUAUCCUGACAUAAUGACGCUUGCUAAGCCUCUUGCUGGAGGGCUUCCCAUUGGUGCCACACUGGUUACUGAAAAAGUUGCUUCUGCCGUGAAAUAUGGUGAUCACGGGAGCACGUUUGCAGGUUCGCCUCUCGUAUGCAAAGCUGCACAAGCUGUCCUAGAUAAAAUCUUGAAACCUGAUUUCUUGGCCAGUGUGAAAAAGAAAGGAGAAUAUCUCAAGCAGAAGUUAGUGCAGAAACUUGGAGGGAACUCGCACGUGAAAGAAGUGCGUGGUCUUGGACUAAUCGUUGGCAUUGAGUUGGAUGUAUCUGCCUCGCCACUAGUUGACGCUUGUCGAAAUUCAGGCCUUUUAGUUCUUACUGCUGGAAAAGGGAACGUUGUGAGGCUUGUACCUCCAUUGAUUAUAACUGAGGAGGAGUUGGAUCAGGCAGUUGAGAUCUUGUUCAAUGCUCUGCCUGUCCUCGAUGAGAGCAGUUCAAAUUAGCGGGGCAGUCAGCUGCAGACCAGACACUCUCAGAACCAUUGGUUCUGACAUUAGCAAGAGCAGAAAUUGUGAAUGUGCAUCUAGAAAAGCUAUAAUAUUGUUAACUUUAUCAGUGAAGCAUGAUGCUCUGAAAAUGAUGUGGUGAGCAGGAUCAUUAUAGUGCUUCCGUUUGUUUAAAGACAGUUAGAUU